UCGUACAUCAUCGUUGGCGCUGGCGUUUUCGGCAUUUCGACUGCUUACCAUCUGAUCAAANAGUACCCCGACGCAGACAUCACCGUCGUCGACCGUGAUGCCUUCGAUCAGGACACACGUGUAGCUGCUUCGUGGGACUGGAACAAGGUCGUUCGUGCCGACUACGACGACAUUGUAUACUGCAAGAUGGCCAUUGAGUCACAAGACAUGUUCAAAACGGACAACCUGUGGAAGCCGUACUUCUACCAGACCGGCAUCUACUGGAUGUGCCGCAGCGACUACGCCCAGGACGUCGUCAACAACUACAAGAAGCUGGGCAGAGCGGCCGACCUCAAGGCCGUGCCCAUCGACGAGGCCCGCAAGCUGUACGGCGGUCUGUUCGAGGACGCCGACUACAGCGAUGUCAAGGAGGUCCUCGUCAACAAGACCAGUGGCUGGGCUACUGCUGGCGAGUGCCUGAUUGGCAUCACUCGUGAGGCUCUCAGACUUGGCGUCAAGUACAAGCAGGCCGAGGUCGCUUCGUUGAUCCUCGACAAUGGUCGCUGUGCCGGUAUCAAAACUGCCGAUGGCGAGACAUUGAAGGCCAAACACACUCUUCUCUGCACUGGCGCAUACACACCAAAGCUGCUCGAAUACUGUGCUCAGGCCAGUGGUAACAACGACCUGUGUGCUGGUGAGAGAAUAGUUGCUGGCGGUAUCACCACCGGCAUGACGAAGCUCGACGAGGAUUCAUACCGCAGAUUCGCAUCCAUGCCCGUCGGAGUUCAGGGCUACACUGCCGAAACUGAGCUCAAGUGGUGGGGCCAGAAGAUUUUCAAGAACGACACAGAAGUCUUGCCUGGACGCAUCGUAUCUGCACCUCCAGCAAAGCGCGACUACGGCCAAUGGGACGUUUCAAACAGACUCAAGGAGGACAUUCAAUACGCCAACCACGUGUUCUACGGAAAGAAAUCUGCACACUGGACUAUGGAGAAGCACCGCAUCUGCUGCUCUGACUUCAUCAUCUCGCCACACACCGCUGCCAAGGGCUUGUAUGUCGCAACAUGUGGUAACUUCCACGGCUGGAAGUUCUUCCCUGUGCUAGGCAAGUACAUCAUCUCCAUGUUGGAGGGCACAUUGGAACCCGAGUUGUGUGAANAAUGGGGCUGGGACAGAGAUCGUCCUGACCCCAAGCACUUCGCCGACUGGCCAAGACAUGAUAUGAAGGAUAUGUUGGACCCCGUCAGAACCGCCAGGCUAUAA